AUGACGGCCCCCGUUCGCGCGAUUUCCGGGGCCGCCGCGGCUCCCCCCGCGGCGAGAUGCCAGAGCAAGCGCGGUUCCGUCGCCACGCAAGCCCAGCGUCCCCCUGCGGCGUCUGCCGCUGCGGAGAGUGCAUCCACGGAGCGCACCGCUGCCGACACGGGCGCGUUCGCGCACCCGAUGGGCCCCGAGGAGUUCCGUGCCGCGGCGCACGAGGUCGUAGACUGGAUCGCCGACUACAUGACGACGGUUGAGGAGCGGCCUGUGCGGUCCCAGGUCGAGCCUGGGUACCUCAUGAGUGCCCUGCCCACCUCCUGCCCCGAGCAGGGGGAGUCAUGGGACGCCUGCAUGCGCGACCUCGAAGGUCUCAUCAUGCCAGGCGUCACGCACUGGCAGCACCCGUCUUUCUUCGCGUACUACCCCGCCAACUCGAGCGGCCCCGGCAUGCUUGGAGAGAUGCUCUCUGCGGCUAUUAACUGCAUUGGAUUCUCCUGGAUCGCCAGUCCUGCGGCAACCGAGCUCGAGACCGUCGCGCUCGACUGGCUCGGGCAGCUCGUGGGUCUCCCGGCCUCGUUCCUCUCUGCCACGGGCACGGGGAGUGAUUCAGGGGACUGCCAGCGAGGCGGCGCUGGUGGCGCUGCUCGCGGCGCGUUCGCGCGCGGUGGGCCCGCCGGCGUCGCUGCUCGGGGCGCCCGGGGCGCCGUCGAAGGACGAGGCGCAAACCGGGUCGAAGGUCGGGCCGGGGGAGGACGCCAACGAGGUCGCGGGGCGCCUGGUGGCGUACGCGUCUGA